AUAAUUUUUUUCUUUCCCGUUUUUUCCUCAGAAUGUCAUCGUUAAGAAAAUGGGCUCAAAACACUCAGGAAAAACUCACCAGCAACAAGAAUGGCAAACGGAAGUGGAUUCAUCCGCCUGAAGCUUUGCAGAAAGGCCAUAUCGCUUAUCUGGUCAAAUUUUUAGGAAAUACAGAAGUCGAAGAAGCCAAAGGAAUAGAAGUAGUCAAAGAAGCAAUACGUAAAUUAAGAUUUUCCCAGCAGUUACGCAAAAGCGAAACUGGAGCCAAAACCAAAAAGGUGGAGCUAACAAUUAGCGUAGAUGGAGUGGCGAUUCAAGAGCCUCGCACCCACAGCAUUCUCCAUCAGUUUCCUCUGCACCAAAUCUCCUACUGUGCAGACGACAAAGGAGAGAAAAAGUUCUUCUCCUUUAUUGCCAAACAACAGAGCUCAGAAGGCAAAUCUGAUGAUGCGCACUUGUGCUUCGUGUUUAUUUCCGAUAAAUUGGCCGAAGACAUCACGUUGACCAUCGGGCAGGCCUUCGAACUGGCUUAUAAGCGAUUUUUGGACACGUCGGGCAAGGACUUGGAGACCCAACAGAAGGCCGUAAUAAUCCAGCAAAAGGUGAAACAAACCGAACUGGAAGCGACGAUUUACAAGCGGCGGCUUUUGGAUAUUGCCGAGAUUGCCAGCAUUCGGGCGGAGAUCGAGGCCUAUUUGAGGCGGAAUAAUCUGCAAUCCUUAGUGGAUUUGGAGCCAAUCGGCAGCAGAAUUAACACGCCUUCCAAUCAGAAUGGUGGUCCAAGUCCCAUGAUUGAAACGGCUAAUAUUAUUGACUUGAAUGGUUCGGCUCCUCCUGUGCCUCCUCGACUCACUGAUAACAGCCCAGCAAUAGGAACGAAACUAGAGGGCUUAUUGCUGAAUGAAUUCGAGACGGACAACGACUUCGAUCCCAGAUCCUUUGAAAAUAACACUGGCAAUCCACCAAUUAGCCUGCCGUUGCUUGCUCCUCCUCCCAAGCCAGCUAAGCGAACCAAUCUUCUGCUGCACACCCAAUUGGAAGCCAAUCCUGUCUUAAACAAUCCACUCUCGGGUUCGCCUUCAGCCGCUACACCUAACAGCAUAACUAGCUCGAAGAUCGAUCCGUUUGAGAUGGGCGAUUUUGGGGCCAAUGUAACCAUGUCCCAGGACAUUGAAAAUGCCAUCGAUUUGCUGGAUAAAAAAAUCUUGGAAAUGAAG